AUGACCGACCCUCCGCCGCCCGCCACCCCCGGCGCGGGCCAACAGCUGCAGCCGCCGAGGCGCCAGUACCGCCUUUCCGACUACUCGCCAAACCACAACCACGCCCACGCCCACAACCGUACCAACGAUGAAUUGCUGAACCGCCUAACCCCCAUGACCGCCGUCGAGAUGCUCCAAUCACCCAGCACCGAGCUCAAGCAAUGUCUCGACAACUGUACCGUCAGCGAACAGGAAUUCGCCAUGCGCGCUGCUGUUGCCAGCCGGAAGAUAUACGAAUGGCUCGAGGAGCUGUCCGAUUGGCCUUGGCCCGAAUCCGGUGGUUCUGUGGGCUUCGAGAUGCCCGACGCAAAGAGGAGGAAACUCUCAGGCCAGGAUGACGGUCUGGGCUCUGAAGACGGACCCGAAUCCGAAUAUAUGGGGAGUUUGCCGGCCGAAGACGUCAUCCGCUACGAGGGCCGCGUAGAUGGUAUCUCACACGACAUGGACGAAUUACAAAUCGAGGAUAUUAAAAGUCAUGUCAUGCACAGCCACAUCAUUCCGUUAUCGAGACCAGGGACGCCGGUCUCGGAUACGCGCUCCAUUUCAUCGAUGCUCUCAUACAAUCGCAUGGACGAUCUCACGGCUCUUCUUACGGCCAUUAUCAUCCAGGCGUUGCCAAAUCUCUCCAAGCUUUGCCGCCUAUUGAAAGUCUGGCACAUUCGACUUUCUGUCCUCCGUCGCAUACCAGCCCUGCUCGCCGGCAUCGCCGAGGCGGAAUUCGCACUUCAGUCUGCGUGGAAUGUCCUUUCGUCUCCAGCAAAUACGCCAUCAGCGGAAGAUGGUACUGAAGACGACGACUUGUCACGGCUGAAGCAAGCUUAUACCGUUGUCAAAUCCGUGUUGGAAAAGCAAAUUACAAAGUCUGGACGAAGCCUUGACUACAUGCUCGACAGCCUGGAGGGCCUGCAGGACACAUUGCCCGACGACUGGCUGGAUCGCAUGGAAACGAUUGAACGGAGCUACGCAGAAUGGGUUUCUGUAGGAGAACGCAAAAUUCGAGAGGGGGAAUGGGCGAAACUCAUGCGGCCAAAGCAAUCUGCCGUACGCGCCGCAGAGGAACCUGCAAAAGCGUCCGUCAACGAAACAACCAAAGUGGCCGCCAGGAUACCAGUCGACAAACAGGCCAAUGAGGUCAACAACGAGUCUGCCAAGGAGGUCACGAGGGAUGCAGAAGCUGAACCUCGCAGCGCCGUCAAUUCAUUGCCAGUCGUGGAAGACGACCCCAGGACUGUGACUCUACCCGUGCCUAUCAAGAUCAACCUACCUGAGGAUGACAGCUUCAUGGACAAGAGCGAGACCAAUUCCAUCAUUUUCCAUGCGGAUGCCACUCCUGAACAGUCCGAGGGCUCUGACGAAGAAGCCAUCGAAGUGUCUCCCUCCCAUUUUCAAGCUCAAAAGAAGACGCUGUCCACGACAACUGGCCUCGAUGGCUCUUCUGAGGCCCUGAAGCCCAAGCGGGCUCCGCUGGCCGAGGUUCGUAACGAAGAGAGCACCAAGAAAAGCAGCAAUGCUAGCACUCGCGAAGGCGAAAUGAAGGAAGAAAUCCCCUUGCCCGUCGCCAAGGCCUCCCUGGAAGAAAAGGCAACCAUGGGGUCUUCCUCCUCCUCUGAUGAAGAUGAGGCUGUGGAAAUCCUCUCCGAUACCCCUGAGAGCGAGGACGAGAUAGAGCUCCCACCUCUCAUUCGCCCAGAGCGGCGGGGAAGCAACGCCUCUCAGUCGUCCACUGUCAUCUUCGGUCACACCAGUCUACUCGCGGAAGCCACCAGCGAUGUCCCUGAAGUAUCUGCCUCGCCACCUCUACCGCGCCAGAGGCCUUCCGAGGUUUCGCGUCAAAAGGCUGCCACCGAGCGAUUCAUGAACAUCAGCCCGCCAAGCUCGCCGCCGUUCCGACCUACUUAUCGACAAGAUAGUGCCAGCCCGAUGAUUGGUCCUCAAGGCGACGGCUUGCUUCCAGCGCUCCCCCUCGAAUCGUCCUUUAUGGAAGAGGAAUUCGACACCUCAUUCACAAACAUUCCUCCGCCUAGAGAGCCCUCCGAUCUCAGAUCAGACGACCACCUUCGGCAGCAAAUCAGCGAUAUUCUCGACUCCAUCCCGGCCAACAUCAAGCUGGCUUCCGGUCCUCCGAAGAUCAACCUCAACCCGCCUCCUCCGGAUUUGCCUGCCAAACGGCUCAAGAAACCGUCCAGAGAGCCUAUCCGGAGAUCCGCCUCCAGCCUUUCCAUGACGUCGAGGGCCUCAUCGCGAGCCACGACGCCAUUCCUGACUCUUGCUCCCGCGUACGCUAAGAACCCGAGACCGAAACGCCCGCAGAGUAGACAGGACAUCAAGGUCUAUCAUCUCUCUCGUUCAACUGGCGAGGCCCCCAUUAAGCUUUUUAUUCGCUGUGUUGGCGAGAACGGGGAGCGUGUCAUGGUCCGUGUUGGUGGUGGCUGGGCUGAUCUUGGAGAGUAUCUCAAGGAGUACGCUGCCCACCACGGUCGCCGUUCGACCGGGAGGGCAGACAAGGCAAAGGUCGAGAUUCAGGACAUCCCUCGUCCUCCCACCAGCCACAGCCGGGGAAUAGGCUCGAGUCCCCAGAGCCGCCCGGCCUCGGCGAUGGACAUGUCCCCGAUGACGCCCCUCCACGUACGAAAGGCUAGGAAAUCUUUCGGCGCGGCCGAUCUAUCGAACACGUCUGCCCCGAUGUGCCUCCCUCAGACCCCUGCCGUGCCUCCUAUCCCCGACAAGUUCACGCCGUCCUCAGAGGAUUCCAACCGUUCGCGAGCCAGCUCACACGCUUGGGCCGAAGAAGACAGCUCAUUCCUUGGCCUCGCAGGUCCGACUGGCCGUAAGGUCGAGAUGAGUGAGGAAAGUCGCGCAUGGGUCGAAAGUGUCAAGGAGAAGGUGCGACUUGCUAGCGGCGAGACGCGCAAGAAUUCUGAAUUUGGCGAAAUGGGCAAGGUUGGAGGUACGAAACGGCUUUUCCGGAAAGGCUGA